AGUGCUGUAGUUUGAUUGGUCAGUGUUGAUAAAGUGGGCGUGGCUAGACAUCAAUGUUUAUGUAGCCCGCUGUCCGUGUAUGUAACCGCACCAAGGACUCAGCUAUGUGAUUUCUUGACAUUGAUUUGUUUUCAUAUAAAUUCACCGGUUAUGUCCGCCACGUUACGCGCCAGUCUUUGACAUGGGGAACCACUAGCAGGUGAAACACGGAGGAAACCGAGGAAAAAGCCGGGAUGGCAGGCGCCUUUGGGUUCAAAGGCUGCCAGAAAAUUCGAGGUCCGCAGAUUAGAAGUCUGCUUGAGGCGAAGGACUUCAUUCUCUUCGACUGCGACGGGGUCAUAUGGCACGGAGAGAAGGCGAUAACGGGCGCGGUGAAGGUUGUGAAUUCGCUGAUCCGGCACGGAAAAAACGUAGUGUUCGUCACCAACAACUGCACCAGGCCCCGGGAGAAUUACGUGCACAAGUUCUGCCGGCUGGGCUUCACCGACGUGAUGCUGGAGCAGAUCUUCAGCUCGUCGUACUGCUCGGCUCUCUACCUGAGAGACGUCGUCAAGGUCUGCGGCCAGGUGUUUGUCAUCGGCUGCGACGGACUGCGCAGAGAGCUGCAGGAGGCGGGCAUCCCCUGUGUGGAGGAGGCGGACGAUCCGAACGCCACCAUCUACGACUGCGCCCUGGCUCCGGACGUCAAGGCAGUGCUCGUGGGACACGAUGAUAAACUGACUUUUCUCAAACUGGCCAAAGCUUCGUGCUACCUGAGGGACCCAGACUGUCUGUUCCUGGCCACCGACAACGACCCCUGGCACCCUCUGUCAGGUGGAAGGAUACUCCCAGGUUCUGGGUCCCUCACUGCAGCCCUGGAGGUGGCCUCAGGUCGCAAGGCCACUGUGAUCGGCAAGCCCAGCCGCUUCAUGUUCGAAUGCAUCUCCAGUCAGUUCAGGGGGGUGGACCCAGCCCAGUGCCUGAUGAUCGGGGACCGCCUAGAGACAGACAUGCUGUUCGGGUCCAACUGCGGCCUCGACACCGUGCUCACUCUCACCGGCGUGUCUCAGAUCGAGGAAGCCCAGGAGUACAGGAAUAGCGAGCUGACCACCAACCACAGCUUGGUGCCCGACUACGUGGUUGACACCAUCGCUGAUUUCUUACCUGCUUUUGAGGAAGUGGACGAACCCAGCAAUUGACGAGUCCUUUCGUCUCCAGUACGGAACACAGAUUGCUUGUACUACGUUUCAAGUGCAAUGUUUUAGUUUGGCGUUUGCAAAAAAAAAUAAAUAACAAAAACAAAAAAUUAACUUUCUGAACCCUCAUCAUGAAAUUAUAAGUGCUCAUCAAUAACAAAGCGCUGUUUAUGUUGUGACCAAGACAAAAUACUCCCCCCAGAAUAAUCCGAGUACUGCAGUGCAUACCUCAGUGUUUCUUCUAGUGUCGUGCCCCUUUCGUGACUUGACAGUUCUACGUUGCUGUAAGUGUUUAUAUAUUAAUAUCGGAAUAUACUGCACUUUCUUCUUCAUGAAGUUGAUGGGUCGUGUUUGAUAUUGGGUUUUGAACAUCAAAAGGUAUUUUUGUAAAGCCAUGAAUUGUUCUGCAAUGGCAUUCGUGCUUAGGAGCUGGCUGUUCACUUUCUGUUUGUUUUUGCCAAAAGGCAGACAUGUACUUACAAACGUUUUCUCGUGUGUUUGACGAGUGUGACUUCUCCAUUUAUUUAUGGCAAGAGGAGUAGAGACUGUGGUAGAUACUAAAAUGACAAUCUGCCAGUCAGACAGGUGAAGUGUAUAUUCACUUUUGGCCUUUCAGUCAUGUCUGUACAACAUGUGCCAAUAUUCAUCGGAGUAAUAAAGAGCUUGCUGAAUCUCAUAGUUAGAAAACCAGUGACACGCUGAUGGUGGCUGCUGCACUCUUGUGAAAUCUCAAUGUUAUUAAUGUUUAUUAUAUAGAGCAUGCCAACAACGGUAACGACAAUAAAUACCUGAAAUGAAUCCUAAAUAUGAUGUGGUUCAUCUGUUCAGGACGUCCUUGUCUUCUGCUUGUUUUGUGUCCAUGUAUCGACAUCAAGCAAAAGAACAACACAAUUAAAAUAUAAUAUGUUUAAUCACUUCAAUCCAGUAGUUCACAUGAACUCAACACCUUUUUUUAUUCAGUGGCUUCAGUCUCUGACAUCCAUCUCUUCACUGACAAAAACAAGUCAGUGUAUUGCAGUGAAAGGCAUGAAAAUGAAAAGGAACCAUCUGAAUAUUUCCUUUCAUGUAUGAGAGUCUUAUUCUUGGAUUUGGUUAUGGUCGUAUUGCAAGUGUAGCCCAAACAAAUUAUAUGACAAAAACCAGGAAUAUGUCGAGAUGAGCUGGAGAAAAAAAAAAAAACCCUGCAAGGAAUAGUUGCAUUGACAGCACAGCAAAU